UCGUAGCGGAGGAGAAGGAGAAAGAGAGGGCCGUAACACCAUGCUGCCGUGCUCCAACUUUAAUUUCACUCGCAGAAAAUUACACGUACGUGGUCAGUGGUAGCGCUUCGCCCCUCCCUGUGGACUUUAUCGGAUAUUUCGGACGUUUUCUCCGGUUUUCUUCACAUUGACGCCCCGUCUGUAAGGACACUGAAAGAUUUCAUCAUGUUGCAAAGCUUCGCUCAGUCGCAGGACUGGCUUUACUCCGAGCCGCUGCUGUUUGACGAUGAGUUCUGCCAGAGUUUGAUGAAGGAUCUCCAGUCUUUGCCGACCCCCCCUCAGUCCCCUCCGAUGAAGGCCGGAGUAGACGGCAGUAAGCCCCUCUCCAAGGAGGACCAGCUGAGCUACGUGUCGGACAUCCUGCUGGAGGAUCACGACAUGCAGCUCUGGAACUACGACUUCUUCCACUCGGAUGCUGCGGAGAAAGACGGCGAGCCCAGCCAGCCGUGUUCGCCGCUGGAGGAGAGCGGCGAGGAUCUGUGGCAGUGCCUGGUAGCAGACAAGAGCCUGGACGAGAAGCUGGUGUCCACCAUGCUGGGCUCCAGCCCGCUGCUGUCUGAAAUCAACACCAGCAUCUUCGAGGAGAUCGCCGGCUCCACGCUCGACUGCCAGAACCUGAUGGACACUCAGGAGACGAGCGAGUCCACGUCAGACUACGGCUCCACCGGGGGAGAGUUUUCCACAUAUUCAUCCAGUGACUCUGAAGAAGAGAUCGAUGUGGUCACAGUGGUGCGUUGUUCCUCCAGCCCCUCCCCUCUGCCCUCAUUGGCUGACCUGUCCGCCCGUCAACAGAAGCAGGAAGAGGAGAAGCGAGCUCUCCAGCGCCACCACUUCGAGAUCCAGCUGCAACACAACUACGCCGCACCGUGUCCCGCCUCACCGCCGCCUUCAUCCAACAAGCGUGCGAGAGGCAGCGACGGCACGUCACGCUUCCAUUACUCCUCGUCCCGUAGCUCGUCUUCGUCAUCCUCCUCCUCCUCCUCUUCGUCGCGGUACAGCCACCACCACCACUCGUCCAGGAAUUCAACAGAGACGGAGGACGAAGAGGAGCGGAGGCGGACGCACAAUGUGAUGGAGCGCCAGCGGCGAAACGAGCUGAAGAACUGCUUCAUGCGUUUGAGAGACAACGUCCCCGAGCUGUCGCACAACGACAAAGCGUCAAAAGUGGUGAUCCUGAAGAAGGCGAGAGACUGCAUCUACGGCCUGGAGGACGAGAGCCACAGACUGCAAACCAAGAGGGACAAACUCCGAGCAAAACAGGAGGAGCUGAAGGCCAGACUGGAGCGGCUCCGCAGCUAAUGGACCAAUCACAGGCUUUGUUUCAGCUCAGGAGACUGUGUGUGUGUGUGUGUGUGUGUUGGGGGGUCAGGGAAGAGACAUUGUACAAAGAUGGUGGAUAGGAGCGUCAUGCUAAAAGAACGCACAAGUUUGAAGACAUUUCAUGGACUUGAUAGAGAAGAUUACUCAGUCUGGACUCAACCGUUGCUAUAAAUCCACACUCGUUGCCUCAGAUCUGAUCAUUCUCAUGCCUCGACUGCUGACUGUUGUAGAGAGUAGAGUUUUAAAGAGGGCGGAGAGAGCAGAUAUUUGUACUAAAGUCGGGCUGGAGGCACACUGAAACUCAAACCCUGGGUUCUGUUAGUUCAUAAAUGUCAGUUGUGUGUAAUAACGGUCAGCCACAUCAGCUCAGCAGCUGAUUGAAACUUGAAUAAUGUUUUCAGGACGUCCCAUAGCCAUACUAACCAGUGAUCCCUCCACUCUGACCAGUGUGUGAUGCUGGCUUUCCAGUUAUUCCUUCAGCUGCAGCGCCUUUAUUCCAGAUGUUGGGGUCAGUCAGAGGUUUCAGUGUGUCUCCAGCCCUGCUCGGCUUCAGGCGGACCUUUGGGCCCAACACCACUCUGUUAUCAGGUUCAGUACUGUAUAGAGCAGGGGUGAUACUGUAUGAAUACAAAGGCUCAGCCUGGGUCAGCUCUCCUCCAGAUCACCAGCUUCAGAGUAUGUGUGGAGAUGUUUGUGUGAUGAAGAGUCAUGAUGAAGCUCUGACAGUAGCCAUAAUAAACAGCAUUCAGGUUCUGAGGAGGCGGAGCUGGAGGGGGACUGAACCGUCGGCAGGGCUAACGUAGCAAAUCAGCCAAAGUCGGGUUGAAAAAACCUCUGAAUAACGUUUGCAUGUCUGAAACAGAGACAGAUCUUAUUUAAUGGUUCUGGUUGGAGGAAGCUGCAGUAGCAGCAGUGAUACUGUGACGUUUUUCUAAGAGAAAAGGUUGAUAUUUUUAUUCUUCUAUGACCAUAAACUCAGUGGAAACUGUUUCAAUGUAACUGUGGUUCAUUAAUCGGCUCGUCAGACGUUUGAUUCUGGCUCUGAACUUAAAAAUCAGGAUAAUCCAGAUUCGAUUUCCCUGUAGCUUCAUGUAAGCUGAUGUUAGAAGGCACGAUUUUAAGCAGAAGUGACACACACUCACAGGUCUAUGAUGAUGAACGUUAUCGUCCGUUGUAAACGAAGACUUAGGCGAUGUAUAUUUGCUAAAGUAAGCCCCACCGAUGAAACAUUAGCAGACUUUAACUGGUGCCAUCUCUGCCAUAAUGAAGCUGCUGCAUGGGUCACAGGGAUGCAGAACGUUAGAGUUUAAUAUUUAAGUUUGGAGAAUAAAGGCGUAAAUCUGUACCUGUUCACCAGGAGCCUGUUGUCUUUAAGCUUUCAGGUGUUUUGUUGGGCUCGUACUUUGGGCUGGAUCUGAAGUUUGAAAUAUUGCCAAUAUUAUGGAUUAAUGUGCUGUUUGUAAUGAUGGGAAGCAUUUGCUUGUGUCAAAUGUCUUAAAUGCAUCCUGUUAUUUUUUUAUGCUAAUAGAGUUCUUCCUCUUGGGUCUGGCUGUACUUGAACAGACGUGUUCAUUAGGAGUAAUGAGUGGAGGUGUUUUUGAUGUUUUUAUGGUAAACCCUGUUCUGCCUUGAAUGAAUUCUGUUCAGGACUCCUCGUGUUCUUUUGUUGAACCUCACUGUCUUGUUAAAACCUCCAUCGCUUCCAAAACAGCCAUGAAUUUUUCUAGCUUUGGAUUUUUUCUUCCAAAUAUCCUGGAUUAUUUUAGUUUUCAGCCACAUUUUUACAGUGAGGUUUUAACAGGACAGUGCUGGGAUUUAUUCUUAUUUUUCUUAGCAUGAUAAAACCUACCUCCACCUGGCUUCAGUCUGGCCUGUAAUAUGUUGUUUUGGUUAAUAUUGUAUAGAUUUUUUUUUAUUAAAUGUAAAUAUUUUUGUUAUUGUAUCAUAAAUUAUUUUUGUCAUUUUUUUUCUUUGUUCCUUUAGAUUUAAAAAAUGUUAUUCUUUACCAAACAGCACUUUUUUUUAAAUAUUGAUGUAAUUAAAGAUUGAACGAGA